AUGGAGCGCCGACAGAGCAUCUUCAAGAACUUGAAAAGCAAGUUCGGGAGCAAGAAUUCCAAUUCUACCUCACGGCAGGACUCGUUCGAACCAGCAUCAUCUCCUACAAGUAUGGCUGAUCGAAAUCCACUGCAAAAUCUUUCCCCGGUAACUCGUCGACCUAUCCGUCCUGGCAUGAACGCUUUUAUCACCCCCUCAAAUGAGCCACCGCCAGCAUACACCCCCGCCGCGAACUCCCAGCCCAACCCCGCCAUCGGCACCUCUGCCGCCGCCUCGGACGACACCUACGCCUUCCUCGGCUCCUUCGACACCGUCUUCCUCAUCGACGACUCUGGCUCCAUGGCCGGCCGCUCCUGGCGCGAAACCGCCCAGGCCCUCGAGACCAUCACACCCAUUUGCACCGUGCACGACGCCGACGGGAUCGACCUGUACUUCCUUAACCAGGCAGACAGCCCGUACUACCGGCACGUGCAGUCGGUCGCCACGGUGCGGGAGAUCUUCAGCACGGUGCGGCCGCGCGGUGGGACGCCGACGGGGCAGCGGCUGAAUCAGAUCUUGCGGCCAUAUGUGGCACGGUGUGCGAAGAACGUCGACGCGGUGAAGCCGUUGAACGUGAUUGUGAUCACGGACGGGGCGCCGAGCGAUGAUGUGGAGAGCGUGUUGAUCAGUGCGGCGAAGAAGUUGGAUAAGAUGGACGCGCCGGCGUGGCAGGUGGGGGUGCAAUUUUUCCAGGUGGGGAGGGAGCCUGGGGCGAAGGAGCAUUUGAAGCAGUUAGAUGAUGAGUUGGCGGAGUUGGCAGGGGAAGAUGAUCUGAGGGAUAUGGUGGAUACGGUGCCGUUUACGGGGGACAACGAUGCGCAGCUGACGGGUGAUGGGAUACUGAAGGUUGUACUCGGCGCUGUAACUCGUCGGCUAGACCGAAAGCGGUCAAAGGACCUGCAUCGUAACAAGACCACCAACAGUGACUUGAUUUUCACUCCCCAUCGGCGGAAGGAGAAGUGA